AUGAGUGUUAAUUGUGAUAAGAAAGAGAAAAACUCUUCUGGUCAACAAGAUUCUAAAGUAAAAGCAACAACAAAGGAAAAUUGUGCUCACUGUGAUUCUUUAGAACUUUUAUCUGGCGGUUGUUCUAAUGGUGGAAGUUGUGGUGAUGAUACACACGGAGAUGAAUUACAAUAUGGACCUGGAAUUGUGGACAAAUUGAGAUCGAAAUUUUUACAAUACAGUCUACAAACAUCUACUCGAACCAAUGGUUACCACCGGUCAGUUGUUAAAAGAUGUUCUUCUCUGGAAAAUUUGGCCGAUAGAGAUUCACCUUCAUCUUCACCCUUAUUCCACCAUAGUACUUGUAAUGGUAACAAUUAUGGCCUUCGUAAAGGUCCUAAUUAUGUUAAAUACCAUCAACAUAAUCAUUUAACAAGUAAUAAUCACAAUGGUGUUGAUUCUGGUAUAGACUUAAAUGGAAGUGCUGUUGUAAUUGGUAGUCCUGAUGGUGGUCUUGGUGUUGGUGUUGGUGUUGGUGAGAGUGAGAGUGAGGGUGUUGGUAUAAUUAAUAAUAAUAUUAACAAAGGAUCAAUUAAUGGGAAAACAUUUCAAUCAUCAUCUUCUACUCCAACACCAACCAUAGCGCAAGAGAAACGAAACUCUUGUUGCCUCAUAGGUUCCCGGACGAUAAAUGGUUUUACAUCAUCAUCAUCAUCCUCUUCUUCAUCCUCUUCAUCUUCAGGGAGAAAUUAUAGAAAACAUGAACAACAGCCAAUUAAAAAUAAUCAUUACCAUCAUUUAAAUCAACAUUCAUCCAUCUAUCAUAACCACAAUCAUCGAUAUAAUUGUGAUGGACUAUUGAAAAGAGCCCAAAGCGUUGAGACUCUCCUAUUAGAAUCAAGGAACUCAACUAAAUCAACAACUUCUACUUCUAAUUCUAAUUCUACUUCAUCAGCUUCCACUUUCACUGAUUAUUUUCACGAAACUUGUCCGACUUUCAAUUCCAAACGGCAAGAACAUUAA